AUAGGAGCGUUCCAGCGCUUGUUGCUGACGUCGCCUUCGCGUCGCCGCCGCGGGCUGCCUCAUCGAGGAUGACGUUGCGGUCAAAUGUGGUGUGUCGUUUGCGAGGCGCAGUGUUUUCCCACUUCUGGAGGAAUAUGUCCGCGAUUAGCGCUAACACUUCGACAUCACUCUGAAAACCCCCAUAACAAGAUCGAUCUCUGCAGUGUGGCGCAGCACAUCCGAGAGCCGGCCGCGCGUAGAUGGCCCUUGAAAGUGUGUUUGCAAAAGCUCUCCCUAAGGUUGGGCAUGCAAACAAAGACACACAGAAUGGAGAAAUGGAAAGGUCGGGUAACCUACAUAUUGAAACGCGAGUUCUUUCUCAGCGCUAACUGUCCUCCCCGCAAAAGUACGGCCGAUGGCUAAACUGUGCUCUCGAAUUGAUUUGCCGAAGUGCGGAACCCUACCACCAAGUGGUGGUGCGGAUCCCGAAGAGGAUGUUCCAUCAGCUGACCUCGAAGAGGGAGAAAUUGUUGAUUCUGGCCAAGAGGACAGUGAUGACCAGAAAACUGGGCCACCAGGCCCACUGCUCAAGGGCCCUCCGCUGCCCCCUCAGGAGGCACUACGGCCAGCAUUCACCAAACUGGAGAAACGCAAGCGCAAGAAGCGCAAGAAGGAGGAAGCUGGCGGUCCUGAUCCAAAGGCACGAAGUUGGCAUGAGCAUGAAGAAGAUGGUUACUGUUAUUACUACAGUGAUGAUGACAAAGAUGGCUAUUGUUAUUAUUAUAGUGAGGAGGACGAAGAUGAUUAUUGUUGUUAUUACAGUGACGACGAAGACGAAGAUUUCUAUUACUGCAGCCAGAAGCGUGCCCAUUACGUAGACCAUGAUCGCAUGGUGGAUGACACCGUGUGGUUUUCAUCAGAGUCUGGUGGUGGGCCAUCACGGGGGCCACCCAUGCAUCACUCACACCAUGGCAGCUCCAUGCCUCCUAGAGAAUUUGGCUCUCCUGGCCCUUACGACGACAGCUACAUGCACAUGGCUCUGCUCCACGACCGAUUGGAAUAUGAGCGUUUAUGCGCUUCCCGAGGGGUGCUUGAGGAAAUGCUAAAUGAUGGCCUACUAAUGCGCAUACACCCAUGUGAUAUUUCUCCACGAGGAGGAUGUGAUUCACCUGAAGGCAGCGGGGGCCCCGAGGGUCACCAGGAAGGCAUGGGGGGACCACCACCGCCCCACAGUGGUGGCUUUCCAAGCGGUCGAGGUGGCCGCGGUCGUGGAAAGCCUUUCAUGAUGGACAGCCGAAGGCCUGGCCCCCCGAAGAAGAAGAAGAAGAAAAACAAGUUGACAUUGUCAGGUGGCAGGGGCGGUGGCGCCAGUGGAAAACGGGAUGGGCCACCCAAGCGCUCCAUAUGCAAGUUCUACUUGGACUCCAAGUGUGUCAAGGGGGCAGACUGCCCAUUUUCACAUGAUGUGCUGCAGCCACGCAAGGCCGACCUGUGCAAGUUCUACCUGGGUGGUUAUUGUGCCCGCGGGGAGCACUGUUCCUUCAUGCACCAGGACUUCCCCUGCAAGUUCUUCCACACGGGUGCCAAGUGCUACGCGGACACUGCUUGCCGUUUCUCCCACCAGCCCCUGACGGAUGAGACAAGACGGCUGCUGCACAGGUAUCUGGACAACCACGGUAGUCGUGGUGAUGAUGACAUUCCCCCCGGGUGUGGCCCAAACGGGCCUGAGCCUCUGGAUCGGCCCGAUGGCCCUGAUGAUGACCAAGGACCAGGUGACGACUUUGGAGAGGGACCACAGCCAAGCAAACGGCCUUCGUUGCUGGGUUCACCCCCACGGCAUGUGAAGGAGGCGGCUGAGACCUGGCGCAUGCAGUUCCUAGGGGGAGGGGGGCCGCCUCUGAGGGGAGGACUGAGUUCCCCUUCUUUCGGCCCUCCACAAGGGCCACCCAUAAUGAGUCCCCCGAGAGGCCCAAUGCAGGGAUUCCCGCACAGGCCUGCGUUCUAUAUGGACUCCUUGUCUCAAAGCCCAAUACGUGGCUCCAUGCCACCGCCAGGUGCCAGCCCACCUCAGAUGGGCGGCCCAUCGCCUGUGCACUGCAUGGAGGACAGCUUUGGCGGGCCAACAGGCCCCGUGGGUCCUGGCGGUCCUAUGCGGCCCUUGCCCCAUGGCCAGAUGGGUGGGUUUGCAUCACCGAACAUAGCCUCACCACCUCUGCAAGAUCAGGGUGGCUGUGGUCCGAAUUUCGUUCCUGAUGGUGGUGGUAUGUCACCUCUGGGGAUUUUCUUUGAUCCAAGUCAGGAUCACCCAAUGAGUCCACCACACCAACAGCAGCAGUCCAUACCUGGCCUCAACUUGCUCAGCUCACCCUCCCCGCCGCACAGCCAGGCUCCAGAGCCAACCAAGAUUCCGUCGGCUGACACAAGUUCAGAUGAACCUCAUCAGUCACCACAGCGUCCUGUGCAUACUGAUGAACAGGACACCAGUGAUGACUCGCUCCACGCUGUUAGUGACAAGAAAAUCCUUCCCCCAAACCUGCCACGGAGGCAACGAGAGCUCUUCAUGAGGAUUCAGCAGCAGCAGCGCGCAGCUGAGAUCACAGCAGCUGCCGAGUCACCCAUUUCUGGCAGCGCAUGUCAUGCAGUGGCCACUGACAAGACAGAAAACCCUGUAGCAGCUAAGCCUGAGCCAAAGAGCAUUGUCUGUCUGGGCAACAGUGAGAGCAGUGAUGAUGACGAGGAUUAUGACGACGACCAACCACUCAGAGCUGUCUUGAAGAAACUCCAGCAGGGACCACUGGAAAGCACAAUGCCAGCAAGUGUUGGCAGUUGCCCCACCAGUGCACCGUCAGCAGUGCCACAGCCUGCUGUCACGUUGCCUUCCAUGGCAGCCAUAGACAUUGCCAAGAUGCUUAGCAGCAUCCGACAAGUUCCCAGUCAGCCACAGACUAACUUCUGGAAACAGCUUUUCUCUGGAGUGCCUGCUGCCACUGCAGCUGCUACGCCGGUGGCAGAUACGACACCUGCCUCACUUUCUUCAGUGCCAGGGGCAAGCAGAGACCCAAGGCGGGCCAGGGCCGACAAUCAGCUUGCCAAACCAUCAACAGAAGUGUCGCACUUGUCGAGAGACCCAAGACUCAGAGACAAGCCAUCAGCUGUCCUCAAAGCUACAGAAGUGGCCUUUGUGGAAUCUAAGGAUGGAGAUGUGCCUUACCGACUCACAUCAAUCCUCAGGGCACUUCCAAAGUAUGAUGAUGUUGCACGCAGUGGUACCAUCCCAGAGUCUAAGCUCAAGAAUGAUCCACGUCUUGCCAAGUAUGCAAGCCAAAAGGUGCCCGAGGUUGUGCCUCCCGCAGAAGUCGUGCAGUCAGUCACGCUUCCCCUGCCUGCUGCAACUGUGUUGCCAAAGCUACCCACUGUCAGCAAGCGUGAUCCAAGAAUGGCGCGUCAUUUUGAACAGCAGCAGCCACCACAGCAACCACAGAUAGUGGAAAACAAGCCACUUAUUUCAGAACCACCAAAGGUCACACCUCUGCCUGCUGAAGUCGUUAGAAAAGCUGAUCCCAGGAAAGCUGCUGCACUAGCUGCCAACGGUAGUGCGGUGCCACUACGAUUGGACCCACGCCUUGCGAGACGGCUCGAUCAACUGCAAAAGGUGGCUACCCCGAGUACGGUUGAGACACCUGCCUCAAAGCCCAAAGACGAAAGCACAGUGAAUGUUGACGGAGAGCAACAGCAGGAAACCAAGCUGCCCGUCAAGCGAGAUCCCAGGCAUAGGACCAGGGGUGCUGGAAGACCCAAGGCAAGUGCUGAUGGGGCAGGUCGCAAGAACCGGAUGGACUAUGCGUCACCUUUGAGUACGUACGAAAGCGAGGAGGACAGGCCUAGUGGCUACAGCAGCUACCAGCGGCGACCACAGCCACGGCCGCCCGUUCUCCCCGCUGACGGGCCAGCAUCCGUCAUGCCGCCGCCCCCACCAGUCAUGCCACCAGCCCCAGCUAUGCACGACCUGAUGCCAAAUGUGCCACCUUCAGGCGUCAUCUCAGAUGACCUCUUGUUUGAGGCCGACCAGGCCAUGAAGUCACUCAAGGAUGUGUUCAAGACGAAGGAUCCAACAGCUUCACCGUUUUGCUGAUGAAAGCGGCUGCUUUUGUAAAUAGAAUGACCAGGAAAUUGUUUCAAGCACAAGUUGCUUACUGUUUCGGAUGUGGCUCCUGCUGGGACCCCCUGUGCAAUGUGGGCCAGCGAGUAUUGGACCCCCUGUGCAAUGUGUGCCAGCAAGUAUUGCCCAUACUGUACAUAGCCUCAACACGGAACACAAAUAGGCUGUUGUCAUGGUGCCAAAUGGCACAUAAGAAAGUGCAUGCGACACUGCAGACCUGUGGGCAAUGCUGCCAAGCACAACCAAAGCAAUAGCUUGCCAUCCGGGAACGCUGAUCAAUGGAAGCAUGGAGGAACAGGUUUCAUGAGGUGUGCUGUGUACAUAGAACUACUGCUGUGUCUUCAGUCUUGGAAAGGCCGACUGCUUACAGUCUGCACUGCUCAUGAUGAAGUGCAGAACUGCCAGUGCCUUUGUGGCUUCCUCACAUAUUUUAUUUGCCUGUGUGUAAUUAUCCAUCUCCCACUCUCUUGCCCGGUUCAACGGUCUGUGCAGAAAGGUCAACACGAACAUGUUCAGUGAGGCAUAAAGGUUUUUCAUGUGGGCAUGAGUGAAAACGUGCGUUUUGCCUCACAAUCAGUCCAAAGUUAAAAAGAUGUACUGGGAGAACAACAGAUAUGGUCCAGCACAAGGGAUACGCAUUUCGCUGUUCUUAAUGGACUGGUGGGACAAAAUAAAGAACUUUACCAUACUCUCUGUGAGACCGGGACAACAUGAAUUGCUUGUGUUCGUUUGUGUUCUUGAUGUUGUUUUGCAGAUCUGUUCAUUUUUGGCAUCGGCCCAACUUUCUAAAUGAUGUGUGCUCUUAAAAGGGGGGGGGGGGUCGACGCCAUUACAUGCACUAUUUAGUAGUACAACCUCACAGAAGUGGUGAAAACCUUAUCAUAAGACAUCAGCAGCAUGCAUGAACAAAAAUGUUCUGCAUUUACAAUCGAAGAUGUGAUGAUGCAGCAGUGUCAAUUCAUUUCUCGUUUGUUUACAGGUCCCUGCACAUUCUUUGUUCUUGCUGCAUUUCUCAAGUAGCUGUUUGUAUCAUGAUGUAAAGCCAAACUUCAUUGUAAUUAAACGAUAUAACAAAUU